AUGUUUAUAGCUCUUUAUGUUGAUGACCUUGUGUUCAUGGGUAAUGAUGCAGAAUUAAUCAAGAAGUUCAAAAGAACCAUGGAGAAAGAGUUUGAAAUGACAGACUUAGGACACAUGAGAUACUUUCUCGGGUUGGAAGUCAAACAACUUGAGACAGGCAUCUUUGUGUCUCAAGAAAGGUAUGUCGAGGACAUUCUGAGUAAAUUCAAGAUGGCGAGCUGCAACCCAGUUUCAACCCCAAUGGAACCAGGUACAAAACUUUCAAAGUUUGAUGGAGGAGAUCACGUAGAUGCCAACAAAUACAGAAGCUUGGUUGGAAGUCUUCGUUACUUGACAAGUACAAGGCCGGAUUUGUUACUAAGCGUUGGAAUAGUAAGUCGAUACAUGGAGGAGCCGAGCUACACACAUUGGAAAGCACUGAAAAGAAUAUUGAGGUAUGUGCGGGGAACAACAUCACUCGGAUUAUACUACACUAGGUCGGACGAUUACCGAUUAAUAGGGUACUCGGACAAUGAUCGGUGUGGAGAUGUAGAUGACCGAAAAAGCACAUCUGGGUAUGUAUUUUUCAUGAGCAACACGACGUUUACCUGGCUCUCAAAGAAGCAACCUAUAGUGACCUUGUCUACAUGCGAAGUUGAGUACGUUGCAGCAUCAUUGAAUGUAUGUCAUGCAAUAUGGCUUAGAAAUCUUCUAAGCAAACUGGAGAUGAAACAAAAAGGAGGGAUUGUAAUUCGAGUAGAUAACAAGUCGGCUAUUGAGUUGACAAAGAAUCCGGUCAACCAUGGAAGGAGUAAGCACAUUGAUGUGAAAUUUCAUUCCAUCCAAGAACAAGUGAAGAAAGGUAAUAUAGAGAUCGUGCACGUGGGAAGCAGAGAUCAAAUUGCAGACUUAUUUACAAAACCAUUGCCAACUGUGUUGUUCAAUAACUAUAAAAAUCUAAUCGGAAUGAAGGUGGAAGAAGUAUUUAAGUUUACGGGGAAUUUUUGUUAG